AUGCGCACAACCAAUCAGCUCCGCACAAACGAUCGUUGCCUCCGCUAUGCAACCAAGCAUUUUCGGACAUUGCUCAUUCAUUUGACCAUGGAUUGCUCCUUGUGGCCUCGAUAUGCCGCAGCAGCUGCCUACAAUCCGGCAGGAACCGUUGUACCGAAUCCAACUGCUGGUGCCGCAAGUGCUGCCGCCGCUGCUGCUGCUUUUUAUACUCAACCAUUUACCAGUCACACAGGCGUCAAUCAACUCGGAGGAGUUUUUGUUAAUGGACGGCCUCUACCGGAUCAUAUCCGGAAUCGAAUUGUUGAAUUAGCACAUCAAGGUGUUCGCCCCUGCGACAUCUCACGGCAAUUACGGGUAUCACACGGGUGUGUAUCGAAGAUACUUGGCCGUUACUAUGAGACUGGAUCCAUUCGACCAGGUGUUAUUGGCGGGUCAAAGCCGAAAGUAGCCACACCAAAAGUUGUUCAAACAAUUGCCGCUUAUAAAAGAGCUAAUCCGACAAUGUUUGCCUGGGAAAUUAGAGAAAAAUUGUUAGAGGAACGAGUGUGUGAUUCAGAAAAUGUGCCAAGCGUAUCUUCAAUUAAUCGGAUCGUUCGGAAUAAAUCAUCCAUGGAUCGCUUAUCAGAAAGAACCCUUCAGCAAACAGCUUUUUUAGCACCGACAACUCCCUAUUCUAUCAAUGAGCUUCUAGGUUUCGAACAGCCUUCUAAAUUAGUAUCACCGCCCCUAGAUGGCCAUCAGCCAGCGCAGCGUAUGCGUCUUCAGCUUCAUCACUCAUCUGUUUGCAAAUUAAAUUGUUUCAAGAGCAGCAUGGACAAUUCCCAAGCAUCGCAGCAGUUAGCAACAAAUUUUAAAACGACGAAUAAAAAUGCAUUUGCUUCACGUCUUCACGUUUCUCUAGAAAAAGGCUGGGAAGGAACAGGUCCUACAGUAAUCACAUCAUCAAAUACAAAUUCUCAAACAUAUUUUGACGGAUUUCUCGGUGAUCGCUGGGCUGAUUCGACACGAAAUCCUGAAUGCAUGCUACCAGGCAGCAUUAACCUCAAUAUAAACUCGAACAACAGCCGGAGUAAUGCUAGCAUCAGCAUGCCAUCUGCUACAUCAAUGCGAACAUCUUCGUAUGUAUUUUAUUCAUCCACAACCGCCGCUGGUUCGUAUUAA